CAUGAUAACUAAUGGCCAAUUAGGCCCGCAGCUGCCGCGGUCCACGGGCGAGGCGGGAGGGCGGCCCAGGCCUGCCAACUCACCGCCCGCCGCUGACAAGUGGGUGGCGUCUCUGCGCAGGCGCGACCCGGAGAUACAGCCCGCGCUGCCGGCCAUUAACCCCGUCCGCACCAGGAGCUCCGGCCUGCCGCUGAACCAGCGCAAGUCGCGCUCGGUGGACCGCCUGCCGCGCGCCGUGGCCAGGGAGCGGUCCUCGCGAGGAGUGGACCUCGCACUGAGACCCACGGUCAAGAAGCUGUCCCUGUGCAGCGAGCAGCCCGAGCCGGUCCCCGCCGACGACCGGGACAAGGAGCCGGAGGGCUCGCCGCGGGUGUUCGUGCCCAGCGGCUACGAGCAGCACCUGGUGGACACCUUGGAGAAGGACAUCCUGCAGAGGAACCCCGACGUGCAGUGGGGCAAGGUGGCGGGCCUGCACGAGGCCAAGGCCAUCCUGCAGGAGGCGGUGGUGCUGCCCAACCUCAUGCCGGACUUCUUCAAGGGUAUCCGCAGGCCGUGGAAGGGCGUGCUGAUGGUAGGACCGCCGGGCACCGGCAAGACGCUGCUGGCGCGCGCCGUGGCCACCGAGUGCGGCACCACCUUCUUCAACGUGUCCUCCUCCACGCUUACCUCCAAGUACCGCGGCGAGUCAGAGAAGCUGGUGCGGCUGCUCUUCGAGAUGGCGCGGUUCCACGCGCCCAGCACCAUCUUCGUGGACGAGAUGGACAGCCUGUGCUCGCAGCGCGGCACCGACUCCGAGCACGAGGCGUCGCGCCGCUUCAAGGCCGAGCUGCUCAUCCAGAUGGACGGCCUCAGCAGCAGCAGCGAGGACAAGGUCAUCACGGUGCUGGGAGCCACGAACCACCCCUGGGAUGUGGACGAGGCCUUCCGCCGCCGCUUCGAGAAGAGGGUGUACAUCCCGCUGCCCAACGACGAGACGAGGGCCGCGCUGCUGAAGCUGUGCCUGGAGGGGGUCGCCGUGGACCCGGCCCUGGACACAGACGUCAUCGCCGACCGCCUGCAGGGCUACACCGGCUCCGACAUCAGCAACGUCUGCAGAGACGCUGCUAUGAUGUCAAUGAGAAGGAAGAUAUCAGGCAGGACUCCUUUGGAAAUCAAGAAGAUCAAGAAAGAAGACGUAGAUCUUCCCGUGACGAUGAAGGACUUCGAAGAAGCUCUGGCCAAGUGCAGGAAGAGUGUGUCCACGAACGACAUCUCCAAGUACGAAGCGUGGAUGGAAGAGUUUGGCUCCUGUUGACACGUCGAAGAGUUUUAAUAAUUUUGUUUUGUACUUAUUUUAUACGCAAAUCCAUGUGUCUCAAAAAUUUAUCAGUAAAGAUUUAAAAAAAAAAAUUCUUAAAAUAACCAA